AUGAAGCGUGGCGAAGCGGCAUUAUGUACUUAUGUCGGUCGCGGGCCUCGAGCAAAGGCACAGCACGAGCGUUCCAGUCCAACACUUGUGCAGGACCGACUGCAGCAUUUAGAAAAUCUUGUCAUGUCGCUGGCCCAAAAGCAGAAGCCAGGCGAUCAGAUUACUGAUUUCAAUACUGGACUAACGCAAGAUAGCCCGGGCUACGAUACGCCACCUUCAGCCAAUGACCGUGACACCAAGUCGUCACCUCGCGACACAGGAACUUUGGUUGUUAGUGACGAGGGAACCAGUUAUAUUGAUAGUGCAAAUUGGCGUGCUAUUCUAGAGGAGAUCAAUGGAGUGAAAGAAUACUUGGACGAACAAGAGGACAAUUCUGACAAUGAUGCGACGGAAGAAGACCCAUAUAGUGAUUCUUCACCAGUUCUUCUGCUUGGCAUGGCAAGAAAAGUCACCAAGCAAGAAAUUCUAGCCGACAUUCCGGCGCGAUCGGUUGCCGAUCGAUUAAUCGCUCGCUUCCUGAAAACAUAUGAACCAUCAAUAGUUGUCAUUCAUGUCCCAACAUUCCGCAAGGAAUAUGAGCAAUUUUGGAACAAUCCCCUGGGCAUGUCAUAUACUUGGAUUGCAUUGUUAUAUGCGAUAAUGGCCUUGUCUAUCUCUCUACUUAAUCGCAGUGAAGAGCCAUUUCCAAUCAGCCAAGUGGACCCGAUGAGCAUGUGGGAUGUUUUCCGAAGAAAGGCUUCACAAUGUCUUGUCGAGUCGAACUACUUAGUUCCUGGCAAAUACAAGCCCGAGGCAGUCUUCCUCUAUUCACUUUCUGAAUUUCUUCGCACUCAGGAUACUCAGAUUGGGAUGUCAUAUCUCCUUGGAAUUACCAUUCGGCUUGCGCUGCACAUGGGCUACCACCGCGACCCGAGUCACUACCCCAGCUUAUCCGCAUUCGAGGGGGAGAUGCGCCGGCGUUUGUGGGCAAUGAUAUGUCAGCUCGACACUCUUGUUUCCUUUCAAAACGGCCUCCCGCGAGUCGUACAGCAUUACUAUUGUGAUUCUGAGAUCCCUUCCAAUCUACUGGACACUGACUUUGACGAAAAUUGCGUUCAUUUACCGCCUGGUCGACCAGAUGAAGAGAGAACGGCCUGCUCAUACACACGAGCUAAAUCACGUCUCAUGGCAGCAUUUGGACAUAUUUGCGACUCGGCCUACGCCCGGGAACCAGUGUCAUAUGAUGAAAUCAUGGCGAUGAAUCGUCGUCUCGAUAUAGCACACGAUCAACUACCUUCAUUCUUCCGUGCACGGCCUAUGUCUCAGUCCAUGGGCGAUCAAACAGAUCUCAUUCUGUGGCGAUAUAACCUGAAUUUGAUCUAUCAAAAAUCUCGCAUCGUCUUGCACCGUCGGUACAUCAAAGAAACACAUGGUAAAUACGCCAACUCGCGAAGAAUCUGUAUCGAUGCUGCCAGUGCGUCGCUGCGACAUCAUGCUGAUAUCUGGAGCGAGUCAUUGCCGGGUGGCCAGUUAUAUUCUGAGCGAUUCCUACUCAACUCCCUCCAAAACACCGAUUUUAUGCUCUCCGCUAUGGUUCUUUGUCUAGUGUUAUCGCAUGCCAACGACAGUGGAGACCCUGCCCGAAUGCAGACACGGGAGCACAAGGAUCUCUUGUUACUAUUGGAGAAUACACACAAUAUUUUCAAGCAGACUCCACGGCGGUCUACGGAUACCCAGCGGGCCUUUGUCGCAUUGAGCAUUAUGCUUAGCCGAGUCCAAGGCCGCAGCGUCGAAAGUCUCACAUCGAAUGUCGAGGAGGAUAUGAAUGCAAUGAAUAAUCAAAAUAUUUUUCAACCAGUACCCGCAAUCGAUCAACAGCAGUACCCAAUGGUUUCUCCAGGGGAUAUGCAGGCCGAUAUGUAUACGAACAUCUCCGAGACUCCGUCAUAUUCUUCUCUGGGGGUGAUUGAUGAUAUGCUUAGCACGCCUGCUCAAUUAGACUGGCGUCUGUAUGACGGCCGAAUGUAUGGGUUUGACACGGCGAACCAGGACAGCCUGUGGUCUGCGGCGCCUUGUAUUGAUUCCAACGGCGUGGAGUUUGCCUUGCCUCCUAACAUUGAUAGGAAUCUUUAG